AUCAAAUCCAGUCAACUGGGAUCACCACCAACCAAACAGCCACCAACAACGACCAGCCACCAGACAAGAAACAUUCAAGAACGAAAGAAACCGCUCCCUUGAGAGUUACCGGAUGAAUUUACCCACCUACUCACUCGCCGACUCACCCCAUUCGACGAUCCUCAACGUCUGUCUAGGCGUACCCCCAUCUUCCAAACCAAUCAUCAUCAAUCGACCACCACCUAAACCUUCAUCAUCAUCAUCAUUAUCAUCAUCGUCAUCUUCUUCUUCUUCAAAGGUAUUCAUCUCACAGCAGAACAAGAAAUCUGACCUCAAAGGCAAAGCGCCUCAACGUGACCAAAACGAACAACAGGAAGAAGUAGAAGAAGAAGAAGAAGAACAAUGGCAGGAUGCGGAGUUCCGGAGGUCAUCCACUCGCCAACCUACGUCCCUCCCACCGUCCGAUCAAGAUCUUCUGAACAAUUCUCACAUUCAUAACGAGAAAGGGAGCGGAGAGAAUGAGGAUCAUCCCUUGUUCAAAUAUACCGGCUGGGACGAAUGUUUUGCAACUGCUAAUGCUGAGGGAUGGACCAUUUAUCGGAAUUAUCCGCUCAGAGUCAUUCAAAAACAUGUGGUUCCAAAUGGUUCAUUGAGGAUCGUGAUGCCGCUUCAUCGAACAAACAUACUAUAUCUAGUUGGGGGCCCACCGAGUGCAUUAUACUCACCGAACAAGGUGAUAAUCUACGACAGUUUGGAAUCAAAGGCGAAAUAUUCGAUCGAGAUGAGCUCGCCAGUUCUAGGAAUCACGGCAAGACGGGAUAAAUUAGUAGUAGUCCUAUUAGAACGGGUGGUGCUAUUUGGGGUGAGUCCGGAGGGGGUGAUGUAUGAGGAGGGGGAGUGGGAGACAUGCAAGAAUCCGAAAGGAUUGGUCUGUUUGGGGUCGGCUGUUGGCAGCAGUUUGCUCGUCUUUCCAGGCCGACAAUCCGGGAAGGUCCAGAUCGUCCAUCUGCCGCUCUUCGAACCCGAUCGUCCUGCCUCCUCCUCCUCCUCUGGAAGAAUCUCCGACCGGACCUCCGCCGAUCGUCGACAACAUCCUCCAUACCCUUCCACGGCCAUCCUCGUCGCACAUACUACCCCUCUCGCCAGUCUCGCCAUCACUCCCUGUGGGAAACUCAUCGCCACCGCCUCCGUCACCGGCACCCUCAUCCGCAUCUGGAACGCUAAAUCCGCCGCCCUCGUCCGCGAACUUCGCCGGGGUACUGACGGCGCGGAAAUCUGGGGCUUGCGCUUCAGACCCGAUGGGCUGGCUAUCUGCGCUACUAGCGAUAAGGGCACUAUUCAUGUUUGGAGCCUUGCGGAGAAACCGAAGACUAAAGAACCAGCUGAGGAUGGGAAAACUGGGAGGUCGUUAGCAUUAUUGAAGCCCUAUCUACCCAAAUACUUUCAUUCGACAUGGUCCGACGGGUUUUUCCGACUUCCCGGGCCGGGAGGCAAGCCGAGUCGAGGCACGAGUCUUCCGGGCCUAUUUGGUUCGCCGGUGAUAGGUGGGGCGAGUUCAGGGGAGUCGAGUGGGGGAGGAGAAGGGAUAGAGGGAGGGAUAGCUCAUGGACGGCCAUUGAUGACGGUGGAAGAUGAUGUGAGUUUGGUCAGCUGGAUCCUCGCGCCAGGACCGGGGCCCGAGCCGUCUCCUCCCAUCGAGCCCCAAAUCGUCGCCAUCACUCGCUCUGGUGCUUGGUUCAGACUCCGGAUGCCCCCCUCUACUCUCGACCUCUUACAUCCCCCUCCUCCGAAUACUACCUCAUCCUCCUCGUCUGCUGCUGCUUCUGGGAAAUCUCCCUCGGUCGAUCGUAGCGUGCCGCUCGAAUGCGUCGAGUAUCGUAGGUUCCUUGAGGACGAGGAUUGGAGUGAUGAGGAUGAUCAGGACUGUAUUGGCCGGUUUCCUUCUUGACUCUCUCUCUCUUUCUCGCUGCCUACUUUUUAACCAUUACCAUCGUCGUCCCGGUUGUUGUUGUACUCUUCCUUGUUGGGUUUUUUUAGUAGGUGCAUCUCACAGAAAUAUUCAUGUACAAGUUGUUGAUAUAUCAUCAUCUUAUCAGCCUUUGUAAUAUCAGAUAGAAGGGGCAGCUGGGUCAAAUUCCUUUUUUU